CUGACUGGAAGUGACCUAACGUUAGUGCUUUCGCUUUAGGAUGAGGGUGAAUCAGUAGGUGUUCGAACCAGAAACCCUAUUUUUUCACAAAACCACAGAAACCGGACUGGAGUAACUUCAUUCUCCCCGAAAGCACCGCUUCAGGAAAACAUAUCCAGCUGAUAAUUGUCGAAAUCAUGGCUGUGACCGAAAGUGCUCUCCGGAAAAUGCUGUCUAAGGCUUAUAAAUACAGAGACCUGACUGUGCGGGAAAUCCUUAACGUGACCACAUCUUACAAAGAUCUGAAGCCUGUGAUGGACAACUACGUGUUCAACGAUGGCUCCUCCAGAGAGCUCAUGAGCCUUUCAGGAACUGUGCCUGUAAACUAUAGAGGAAACGUAUACAACAUUCCCAUCUGCCUAUGGAUGCUGGACACCUAUCCGUACAAUCCCCCCAUCUGCUUCGUCAAGCCCACCAGCACCAUGAUGAUCAAAAUAGGGAAGCACGUUGAUGCCAAUGGAAAAAUCUACCUGCCGUACCUGCAUGAAUGGAAGCAUCCUCAGUCAGAUUUGUUUGGGCUAAUCCAGGUGAUGAUCGUGGUGUUUGGAGAAGAGCCGCCUGUCUUUUCUCGGCCCACCACACAGCCACCUUACCAGUCUUAUCAACCUGCUGGUCCACCCGCAUCUUCCUAUAUGGCAAACCAACCAGCCUCUUCAUUUAGUCAGAGCCACACUCCUAACCCAGGAGGUUUCCAGGGUUAUCCUUACCCUGCUGGAGGUUCUGGAUAUCCAGCCACAUCAGGAGGAGCACUCUACACACCUGUGACCCCCACCGCUACUGGGGGUCCCUCUCGUGAUGCCACGAUCGGAGAGGACACUAUCCGAGCGUCUCUGGUGUCUGCGGUGAGCGAUAAGCUGCGCUGGAGGAUGAAGGAGGAGAUGGACCGAGCUCAGGCUGAACUGGACGCUCUGAAAAGAACAGAGGAGGACCUGAAGAAGGGACACCAAAAGCUGGAGGAGAUGGUGACCAAACUAGAUCAAGAGACAGCCGACGUGGACAAAAACAUCGAGCUUCUGAAGCAGAAGGAUGAGGAACUGACGGCUGCUCUAGACAAAAUGGAGAACCAGUCUGAGAAUAACGAUAUUGAUGACCUGAUCGUGCCCACAGCACCGCUCUACAGGCAGAUCCUGAACCUGUACGCUGAGGAAAACGCCAUAGAGGACACCAUCUUCUACCUGGGGGAGGCUCUGCGCAGAGGCGUCAUAGACUUGGAUGUCUUCCUCAAGCAUGUGAGGCUCCUCUCUCGCAAACAGUUCCAGCUGCGAGCUCUGAUGCAGAAAGCCAGGAAAACUGCAGGCCUCAGCGACCUCUACUGAUCAACCCAAAGCUCAGCGCUCCUCAUUUUUACACCCCUGCGGUCUUUGCAUUAGCCAUACCUGCCGAUGGGUACCAUGGAUUUUUUUACCCAAAACAAGGACUAGGCUUCGGUGGUUGAUGUCUGUUUAUGGCCAGGGUAUCUAUAUGGUACUUUGUACAAUGAAUCACAUUUUGAGCAUUAACUUGUACAGUCGUAUGCAAAAGUUUGGCUGCCCUGGUCAGUGUUUUGUUGCUUUUCUAAGUGAAAAUAAGCUCACACAUCCUUCAGAGAACACACUUCUGCCCAUUUUAAUGCAUAAAUACUGUCUGUCCAUGUUCUGGAUUUAACAUAUUGGGGGGGGGGUAACUAACUAAAUAAACACAAAUUUUGCACUGAAAUGUGCCAAAAAAUACCACAUUUAAGUUUGGAUCCUGUAGAGAAUGAGCUAUUUUUACAAAACAUAAAUUUGACCGGGGUAUUCAAACUUCUUGCAGACAACUGUGAUACUUUAUAACCGAUAAAUUGAAGUUUACAUAUACUUGCAUUUAUUUCCCACUUCAAACUUGGGGUGCGAAUAUCAAUAACACUUUAGAUUGUAUUCCACUUUUUACAUUACUACAAAUAUAAAAAUGAAGUGACCUUUUCAGAUGAUUUGUAAUGUUUUGGACAAUCUGUCACUUGAACAGCGCUUUUCUGUCAAGGGAUCAAUACAAAUGAAUGCGACUGCUGUGGUUGCUCAGAGAAGGGUUUAAUCUUUGUCUUAUAAACUUAUGUAAGCCUAUAAACUACUUUUGUAUGCUUGUCUUUAGUGGGCCCAAAGUUCAGGGAUCUUCUCAGACUGGAUGUGUCUCACAGCAGACACUACUGCAUGGAUGAAUGUAUAUCACAUGCUGAAAGACUCUGAAGUUUCCUCCCUUUCAAUCAAAGCACUUUGAUUUUCUUACAUAUGAAUCAGCACACUCCUGGUUAUGAAUGAAUCAGUGCAUCCUGGCUAUGCAAUCUCAAAAAUACACUCAAAAUAAUGUAGAUAGAAGGAUUUUCUUUUCUUUUUGUUUUUUAUUUUUAAGCUGUGCCCAAUAAUUGCAAAUAGUUGCACUGGAAAAUAAUCAAAAUAAGUACGGCUACUACAUUUAACCCAGUAUGUACUGCACAUAGCUGAAAUCUUGUAAGUGAUGUCAUGGGCUGCAUGUUCUAUUACUCCUUGUGCCUUUUAUUUCUAAUAUAACGCUACAAGUGGUAGUGAAUGUCAUGGUGUCAAUGGGAACAAUAAUGGUGUUUUGGUAUUUGCUUAAUGUUUGUUACUUAAUAUUCUUUUGUAUUUUUUGUUUUUCUUUUCUAUAGAUAAAUACUUGAAUAUAACAUGAAGAGCAUUCUUAUUCUACUCUUGUAAAGGGAAUAACCAAGUUAUUAUUAUUAUUGUUAUUACUUCUUUGUUAGGUGUAGAGGCAUAAAUGAAUGGAAUAAAACAUCAGGCUUGUA